AUGAACGCAGAAGCAAAGAAGAAGGUUGACGUGUUAUCGGAGGAACUUCUUCCAUACAUCAUCGCUGAACAGGAGCGUCGCGUCACACUACACAAGCGCGUCAUGACGGCCGUGCAGAACGGGGAGAAGGGCGUCACCGUCGCAGAGAUCAGGGGCAAGCCACCGCUCAUCAUACGGAAAGGUUUGUUCUACCGGUGUCCUGCCAACCGAGCGCCCAAAGAGCCCGACGGCUCCGGCUCGCUCAUGUGCGAGGAGGACAUUGAGCCAACACAAGUUAUGUACGACUCUUGUCUCAGCGCUGAAGACAAGGAACUCUACGUGGCCGAGAGCAAAUACUUCUUUUGUAACCGUCACAAAGUGGAGGGGCCAGACCUGCCCCGCAACGGCACAACAGUCAUAGGCUGUGCACCAGUAGAGCGGACAUCACUCAACUACACAGCCAACAAAUGUGCACUGGAGGACACUGACGAUGUGCUUGUGCACUACCGAUACUACCCGGACAGGAGCUACAAGUAUGUGACAGAAUUGGACCCUGAUAGAGAGGUGUGCGAACACUGGAAUCCGUGCCAGAUAGGGUACAUCUUCAGCCUUCCUUCCCCGGACCAGGCUUUGCUGGCGAGCGAGCUGUGGCAUAAUUACGAGGAUGGCAACGAAGAGUUUGUGCCGCCGGCUGCGUACAAUUACACCAGCAGUACGCACCGCGUCGCGAUACCUGAGGGGUACAACUUUACUCACAUCGAGUUCUUCAGCCCCGGCGCUGACGACAUCAUUGUAUGUAUGGCUUGACAUCAGAGGAUAUAAAUUAGGGGUUCCCAACA